AUGGCUUCUACUGCUGGUCGCGCUCGUCUCUUCAGCGACAACUUCUAUGGUGACGGCGCGAAGUCUUAUGAUUUCGGUUACCCUCGCAUUCAAGCCAACGUGGAUGACCCAUACCCCAACCCUGCCUACAACUCGUCUUCGACUUCAGCCAACCCUGGUGUGUACGCGAACAACAUGACCUAUGCAGGCUGCUACACUGAUUCAGGCUCGCGUACUUUGGCCAACAUGCUCUACGAUUCCCAAUCGAACACUGUCGAGAUGUGUACCAGCGCUUGCGCCAAAGCCGGUUAUGCAAUUGCUGGUAUGGAAUACGGUAGUCAGUGUUGGUGUGACAACACAAUCGGUCCCUACACUCAAAAAGUUCUGGAUCUUGGUUGUUCUGAAGCCUGCCCUGGCAACAGCACCGAGAACUGUGGCCAGUCCAACCGCUUGCAGCUCUACUCGAACAGCACCCUUGUUCAGGCUUCUGCUCCUUCAAACCCCGAAGUCGUUGGUAACUACUACUACUCUGGGUGCCACAACGAAUCGACCAGCGGCCGUGCUCUCUCUGCUACUUCAUACUCUGAUGGCAAGAACAUGACUCUUGAAAACUGUGCAGCCUUCUGCAAUGGUUACCAGUACUUUGGCAUCGAGUAUGCUGCCGAGUGUUACUGUGGUUCUUACUUCGGCGUCGGCAGUACCACCGUUUCGGACAGCUCUUGCGCAAUGACAUGUACCGGCAACUCGCUCGAACUCUGUGGUGGACCUGGCACUCUUUCUGUCUACGAGCUCAGCGACGAUGCGAACGUCGUGACUAUCACCCAGGGCUCGACUACUGCUGGUACCUCGUCAACCGCCCUCUCGCUCCCCACAGGCUUCUCAUCCUACGGCUGCUUCAUCGACUCGAGCACCCGCGCGCUGUCCUACUCCGCCUACUCCAGAAGCGACAACACCCCCUACAAGUGCGCAUCCACUUGCCAGAGCUUAGGCUACAAGUACGCAGGCACCGAGUACGGAAGCGAGUGCUGGUGCUCCAACACCGCACCUACCUCUUCGGCCAAGGCUACUGACUGUAACAUGGCGUGCAGCGGCGACAGCACCCAGACCUGUGGCGCUGGAAACCGUCUCUCCGUCUACGUGGACAACACCUGGGUGUCCAAGUUCAACGCCCGCCAAAGCUAUGGCACUUGGAACUUGAUGGCUUGCUACACCGACAACACCAAUGGUCGCGUGUUGCCGACCACCAUGAGCAUGACCGGCGGCGCCUCCAACGCCACGAUCGCAAACUGCCUUGACGCUUGUGCCAAGAGCGGGCUCAAGGUCUGCGGUGCCGAGUACUACCAAGAGUGUUAUGGAGGUUCAGUCGCCCCUAGCAGCAGCUUGAUUGCUGGAUCUGAUCCUUUGGCUGCUGGUUGCAAUUACCCUUGCAAUGGCAACAAGACCGAGGCUUGUGGUGGCUCUAACAAGAUUUUGGUCUAUGUUAACAAUGGCACUGUAUCUGCUUCUGCUGGUGCUCGUCGUCGUUGGUAA